UGGGUGGCUGAAUCGUCGAUCCGCAUUACUGAUAAUUAUUAUAUUUUACAUAAAUAUUUUGUUAGUUACCUAGUUAGUCUCUAUUUAUUCAUAGCUUGUAAAACAUAUUAUAAAAGUUAGUUAGGUACCUAGUUUGAAAAAAAACCAAAUAAUUCUCUAAAUUUUGCAUUAUAAUUUUUUUAUCUCCUACGAUAUAUUGAAACUAUUCGAUUUUUAAAUAAAUAGUUGAAGUUAACAAUAAAUUUUGACACACAUUUUUUAGUUAUCAUCAUGUCAAAACCCCAAUUGCUUGUUGCCAUGAGUUCUGUCCCAGAUCUCGCUAUUGAUUUACUUCGUGAAAGAUUUGAAGUGGAAGUAUUUGAUUUCAAACAAGCUAGUAAAGAAGAAAUUUUAAAUAAAGUACAUGGAAAAUUUGGAAUAUUUUGUUCUCCGUGGCACGAAAUUGACGAAGAAUUAAUUAAAAAUGCUGGCUCGAGUCUAAAGGUUAUUGGAACCAUGUCUGUUGGAUAUGAUCACGUUGAUUUGAUUGCAAUGAAAAAAUAUGGUGUACGUUUAGGGCACACGUCAAAUAUUUCAUCUGAAGUAAUAGCAGAAACUACAAUUGGGUUGUUGAUAGCAACAGCGAGGCGGUUUUUCGAAGCAAACCAUGCUCUGAUAACAGGUGAAUGGAAAGAUUCAGACAUUUUUUGGAUGUGUGGAAGAAGUAUAAGAAAUUCUAUUGUUGGUAUUGUUGGAUGUGGCAACAUCGGGAUAUCAAUUGCUAAAAAGCUAAACUCAUUUAACAUUUCCCAGUUGCUUUACACUAGUAGAGGAGAAAAACCUGAAGCCAAAAAUCUUGGUGGAAAAUUAGUCACAAUCGAUGAGCUUGUUGAACAAAGUGACUUCAUAAUUGUUUCUGUUGCACUAAAUGAAGAUACAAAGUAUAUCAUAAACCGAAAACGCAUUGCCAAAAUGAAGUCUCACGCCGUGUUAGUGAACAUUGGUCGUGGAGAACUAAUUGACCAAGAUGCACUUAUUGAAGCAUUACGAGAAAAUAGAAUUGGAGGUGUGGGUCUAGAUGUCAUGACACCAGAACCGUUACCGCUUGAUAACCCUUUAAUAAAAAUGACCAAUGUUGUGUUGUUGCCACACAUUGGGAGUUCUUCCAUUGAAACAAGAACAGAAAUGGCAGUAGUCACUGCCAAAAAUAUAAUUGCUGUUUUGGAUAACUCCGCAAUGACAAAAGAAGUACAGUUGUAGCUUAUAGUUAUAAUAUACUAAACAAAAUGUAAUUGAAAAUUCAAAAACUUUAUAAGGCUAAGUGUUUUAGUUAUAAUUAAAUCGAUUGAAAAUUCUUAAAUAUAAUAUUUUCUUUAGUUUUUAGUAUGACAUUAAUUGUGUAGGUAAUUACUAAUUAAAACCAAUUUAUACGUUUUUACUGUAUGUAUCAUUAUUAGGGUUCUUGAAAAAUUAUCGAUUCCGGUUCUUAUUCGGUUCCAAAAUAUUCCCCCUUGGUUUUCGAUACCGGUUCUUUUUUAAGAAAAAAUUUUAAAAUUAAGAUAAUAAAUAUACCAUAUGAUACUAAAAUGUAUAAAGAAUUUAAACUACUAUUAAUUAAACCAGAAUAAUAAUUAAUAUUUAAAUGUAAAACAAAAUUUUACUACAGUAUUCAGCUUAUUAAAAAUUUAAAAACAAUUAUAAAAUAUAAGUUAUCAGUCGGCUUAUAAGUUAACAUAACUUAUCGCAGUAUUAUAUAAACCGAUACCGAUAAAAAUAUGUACAAGAACCGAUAGGUUAGGUUAAUCCUAUCGAUUCCUUCGGCUCCUAAAAAAUCAAUGAAACCGAAGAACCGGCCCAUUCCUAAAUUAUAGUUAUUAUUUUAUUAAUCAAUAGUAAGUACUAUAAAAGCAUGAACUUUAAAAUGAACUAAUUAUGUAUAAUAAUAUUUAUAAUUAUGAUGAUAAUAAUAAAUAUAAGUUACGUAAAAUAGUAAAACGAUAAACUAUAUAGGUACGUACAGUAAAAAGUACAGUGCGAUAAAGUGUGUGAAAAAAAAUGUACACCAAAUUAAUUGAACAAGGAGAUAUGAAGGUAAUACCAGCAAAGAUAAGAUAGGUACAGUAUAUUAUAGUUGUAAUUACAUAGGUAUAUAUAGUACGUUGGGAAUCGUCGAAUAACUAGUGUAUAUUAUGCUUCGUUUAUGUCAGCGAGCUUAUAAUGUUAUUGUUUCAAAUAACCGAGUUAAUGUAUCAAUAACGUGAUUGCAUCAAUUUUUAAUUUAUUUAUUUAUUUAUUUUGUUUCUACUACAAUUCACCAAAAUAUACGCCAAAAGCGGUCAUAAGAAAUCAUCAUGAUCUUUAUCCACCGGGCCGAGUUUUUUAUUUUGUAAUGUUGAUAAUGCUUAUUGUUUUAAAUAACCAAGGCGUGUUGUAUCAAUAAUGUGAUUAUAUUAUCAUUCACCUCUUUA